AUGGAGAAACCGGUAGUCUAUUUUUCGUCAACACGUGCUAGACUGUUUACGAAGGGACGUGUGUAUCAAGCUACAGUACGGGCUGUCUUGUUGUAUGGCUGUGAGACUUGGCCUAUUCGAGCAGCGGACCUGAGACGUCUUCAGGUGUUCGACAGAACCAUAGCUCGUGUGGGUUGGUGUCAGCGAAUCCGUAACGAGGCAGUUAGAAAGCGUGUUUUCGGUUGUGUAACGGGUUGUGGAGUAGCUGCAUUGAGUACCUACCAUGCUGUGGAAACUGGAAUGGACUCACGUUCACUAAACGCCACAAGAGAUCAGACCAACUUACAUUGCUUAUAUGAUUGGCAACCGGUUUGUAGUUUCUAA